GCUCCGCCCGGUUCCCGGGGCCGAACCCGCCGGGCCGAGGCACGGGGUGCGACUCGGCUUCGCUAGCGGUGGGGACAGGAGCAUCGCCAAGCGCUGGCGCUCUCCGCUCGGUGCUUGUGCCGAGCAUCAGCGGGACGGCUCUCGGCACCGACCUCUCCUGCGGGAAGGGGAGCCGUGAGUUUGAGGGGGCAGAGCUCGGACCCGCCCGUGUUCGGGGUUCGGGUUCCAGGCGGGGGAUGCUGCCCAGGGCUGACACGUCCCGAGCAGGGUGGGCGCGGGGUGCUGUUCCCCGGCUCCCGAAAAGGACAGAGGCUGGCGGAUGGCCGCCGGCACAUGGAAGGGUUUGAACAAGCCCAGCACUCAGCAGCGGCACACCAGCAACAGGGAUUUUGGGCUCUUCUCUACAAGAGCGCAGGAAGAGUUUAUUGAGCACGUAUUCAGAGAAUCAGUGGAGAUUUUACACAUACAAGCAGUUUGUUGGCAUGGAUCCACUUGCAGAGGAAUUUAAAUGAAACCAAAAAAUAUUUUUCUGGUCAGGUUUUUCAAUAUUUUUGCUUUCAGAUGUGACUGGGAAAGUUUGUUCUUAUUUCCGUAGGGUUUAGGAGGAGAUGCUCCAGAUGAGUCUCUAUAGAUUAAAGUCAAAUAUGCCUGGAAAUAAUUUUAGGUCCCAGUCCUGCCAUUUGCUGUAUGCAGAGGAGGAAGAAUGCAUUUAUUUUGGACAGGAUAUGAUGAAUAACAUCAAACACUGGAACUAAUCAGGAGAAAUAGCAGUGGGGCUGCAAAAGUCUGGAAUGACUUGACACGUGCUGCGUGUUGUGAAUACAGCAUUAAUUAUCUACUUAUGGCAGAUGCAAAACGCCGGUGCAAGAGAAUGAGAAGGAGGAACGAUGAGAAAUGUAACACUCAGAAAUGCAACACUGUGACUCCCAGACCAGUUUUUCCAUGCAAUUCUGUCAUAACCUUGUUCUGGCGCGAGGUACAAAAUAUUGAUCUUCCUCAUGCGCUGCCAGUAGGUACCAGGGAGCCUGGAAGGGGACAUCAGUCCCCAAAUACAUGAGGUUGGCAAUCAGUUGCCUAAAUUACAGCAAUAACCCAGUGAAAAUAUAGCUAUAUAUUGUUCAUGAAACUUAUUCCCAGAGUUGGACACCACAGGAUAUUGCACAAAGUUCCAGAGAGAGCAGGAGGAUGAAUAAUGGUGUAGUCAUCCUUUCCUGGCAAAGGUGCUUAUGAACACACGAGGAGGAGAAACAGCCUGAGCAGAAUAUUUGGAGAGCACUCUGCACUACCUCAGGGGAGCAGCUAUGCUGUGAAAUCAUAGUUUUGCCCAAGUUACAGAUGAGAAAAAGAGUUUUUGCCACAAUAAUUUGGUACUAUAUGAGUUCCCGUUGAUCUGUUCAAGUGGGUAGGGGAAAAAUAUAACAGUGUAGGGAACACGUGUGGAAAGACUAAAACUACAUCUGAGAAAGGUGAAAAACCAGCAUAAUUUGUGGUAGGGGAUACAAUAUGUUCAAUGUUGGCCUGAUCCAAGCUCACGGAAAACGACUUUGGCAGGAAAAGCCUCUUAUCCAGCCACGUACGUGAUCUGCAGCUCCUCAGGCUCAGCUUGUCUUGCAGAAUUUUGUCCACACUUGUCCACACCCUGUGCCUGCACUGACACAGCAGCUCUGCUCUCACACCUGGAGCUGCAGGGGAGAGCAGAAUGUACUGAUAUAAAUCUAGCUUUUGUCGAGAUAAACGCGUCUGGGUGUCACCUGGAGUAAGCAACCGGCAAUUAUUGGCAAAGACAACGCAUACAUAUUUCACUGGAAAGCCGGAUUGUGUGUUAGUCUUUAACUCUUCCCCACAUCAUUAAAACAGCUAGUCAUGAAACAAGCUGCCUUGAGCUCAGGCAUGAACUUCUGAAUUUCUCUUUGGAAGGUUCAGUUGGAAAUUAGCGCUUAAGCAUGGUCAUGCAAGGAAUGAGUUUUUACACAGUUACUCUCGGGUGAAGCAGAAACUGGACGUGCUCUGACUGUGUUUCCUUAAGUGAACAGCCCACAAGCUGGAUUUCCUUAUUAACGUUUUAAACGUUGGCUACUCCCCAAACCUCUCCCUAGCUGCAGCAAGUUCAGUUUCCCGGUUUGCAGCAGCAACAGCCUCGGCCGCGGUGACAGCCGUGGUGCCGGAUCCCUAAGGAGCGGCCGGGAUCCCUCAUGAAUCGCCCGGGUCCCUCAGGAGCCACCGCCCCCAUCCCCUCAGCGCCGUUUCCCGCCUCCCUCGGUCUCCCCGCCCCGUUGCCGGGCAACGCCCCCUCAUCGCCGCUCCCGCCGCCGCUCCCCGCGCUCCGCUCCGAUUGGCUCUCGGCGCUACCGUCCCGCCUUCUUUCCCCGCUCAUUGGCUGUUCCCGCGCGUGGGUCCCGCCUCCCGCGCCGCGCGGGCGCUGCCUCAGCGCUUUGGCGGUGCCGCUGUCCUUUGUCUCGCGGCGGCCGCCGUAGCGCAGCCCGUACGUGGCAGCGGGGCGGUGGCGGCCAAUGAACGGCGGCCCCGUGCGCCGGAAGGGGCGCGGCGCGGGCCGGAAGCGCCGCUCGGUGCCGCCGCCGGUCGCUCCGCCAUGUCGCCGGUGCGGGCGGUGCUGGCGCUGGUGGCCGCGCUGGCGGCCCCGGCCGCCGCCUACUUCGUCAGCAUCGACGCGCACGCCGAGGAGUGCUUCCUGGAGCGGGUGCCGUCCGGCACCAAGAUGGGGCUCAUCUUCGAGGUGGCCGAAGGCGGCUUCCUGGACAUCGACGUGGAGAUUACAGGGCCCGAUAAUAAAGGGAUUUAUAAAGGAGAUCGAGAGUCCAGUGGAAAAUACACCUUUGCUGCCCACAUGGAUGGAACUUACAAGUUUUGCUUUAGCAACAGGAUGUCCACCAUGACUCCCAAGAUAGUGAUGUUCACUAUCGAUAUCGGGGAAGCUCCCAAGGGGCAAGACAUGGAGACAGAAGCUCAUCAGAACAAGCUAGAAGAGAUGAUUAACGAGUUAGCAGUGGCCAUGACAGCUGUGAAGCACGAACAGGAGUACAUGGAAGUCCGUGAAAGAAUACAUAGAGCAAUUAAUGACAACACAAACAGCAGAGUGGUUCUUUGGUCAUUCUUUGAAGCCCUUGUACUAGUUGCCAUGACACUGGGACAAAUCUACUACCUGAAGAGGUUUUUUGAAGUCCGAAGGGUGGUGUAAGAUCCUUCUGUGGUCCCGGAUUUCAGUUCACUCCCUACCAAACAUCCUGGUCACAAAAAAAAAAAAAAAAAAAGUCAUUUAGUUUCUGAACCCUCUUUACUGAACUGUAAAACUUAUUUGCUUAUGUUCCUUCCUAGUUAAGAAAGAAAAAAAAUUGUUUUUAUAUAUCUUCUGUAGCAAAAGCUGUGCUGAAAUCUUGUCACUUUAUUGGCAUCAUAUUUUUUCCACUGAGAUCUGCCCAGUCUGUGUGCUAAGCAAGGUCCAGGCAAGCUGCAAACUCUGUAACUCACUCUAGUAACAAGCUGUUCUGUCUUUUCUAACUUUUUUCCCCUGUUUCCAUAAGCACUUGCAGUUCUGUCCAGGGAAACGGUACAAGGCCCUAACGUGACUGUUUGCAUUCUUACAUCCUGAACCCUGCAGUAGGUGUUAUAAAAUUGAAAUAAUCCCUUCUCCACUCACAGAAACUGCCAAGGAAAAGGUUAAAAUUCAUACCUAGUUGCUAUUUAAAAUAUAGUCAUCAGCAACUGUCUUAAUGAUAUCAACUUCUUCCCAAAGUUCUUUUUAAUUGAAUAGUUGAUGUGAAAAUGCUUUUUUUUCUCUGCUCAUCACCAAAUGUUCCUUACACGGUUUUUAGUCUCUCAAAGGUUUUAUUUGGAAGCCAAUUGUGUGCAGUGUCUUGGCAAACACUUGUGAACCCUUUGGCUUUUGCAGGUCCAAAGCUCAGACUGUUUGCCCAGUGCCCAGGGCAGAAGUGUUCAGGAAAUCUGGAUUCCUGAGGCCAAAGGGUUCCGAAUUCUGGGGGUUUAAUCCACGCUAUGCAGCCCUUGUAUUUAAGUGCAGUGGCAAACUCUGCCAUGAUCUGAUCAGAAUUAGCAUAAUGCUAAAUACUGGUGUGUUUUCUUUUUUCAGGCACAUGUAGAUUUGUUUUUGUAUAAAGUUACUUUCCUCAGUUAUCUGAUGAUUGGUUUAAAAAUUUGAGAAGCGUCUGAUGUGGGUGCUGAGCCAGGAUUAUGUUGUGACUGAUGUAUAUUAGUUGUAAUCAUUUUUGGGGGUGGGAUGGGGUCUUUUCCAGGGGGGAUCCUCUACAAGUAACACACAACAGUUUUGUACAAUUAAUUUAAAAUUUGUUACAGGUUUUCAUGUUCCAGGUAAAGUUUUUUCAACCUCGGGCAAACACUUGCAGCAGUUCUUCAGAGAGGUGGCUGUUACACCUUAUUGCAACUGUUGUGUGCCAAUAUUUUUGUGUAAAACACUGAAAAUUGAAUUCUAAGAUGUACAUUUAAAAAUUGCUCGUGAAUCUAAAUAUGACCCAGGUUCGAUAAAUAAAGAAAUUCUUUAAAAAAAAACA